ACAAGCGUCCGGCUCUCUCUCUGUUGUUAUGUCAUGGCAUCUCAGAUCGUGGUGAUAGCGAAUCUCAUUUUUCUCUCUUUUUGCAUCUAUGUCGAUGCUGACACUCCUGCUAACUGUACCUAUGAAGAAAUAAGUGGAUCAUGGCUUUUUUCGAUCGGAGAAGGAGGCCACGACAACACUAUCGACUGCUCCUCCUUCAAACCUGUCUCUGAGCUUCACGUGACUUUGUUGUUUCCUGACGUCGCAGUUGAUUCCGAUGGAAAUGUCGGCUUUUGGACGUUGAUCUACAACCAAGGCUUUGAAGUAAAUAUAAAUGGAGUGGUGUAUUUCGCCUUUUCAUCUUACGAGAAGAGUGGUGAAAAAGUGAUCAGUUUUUGCGACAAAACCUUAAACGGAUGGAGUCAUGCCGCAAAGGGUUAUCAUGCUGGAAAUUGGGCUUGUUACAGCGGGAAAAAAACUUCAGGAAAGGUUCCACCCAAAACAGAAUACUUCAAACCUCAACAAAAUGCUGUAAAUCAUGAGUUUAUUCCUAAUCGGGAGUUUAUUGACCAAAUAAACAGUGCACAAAGUUCUUGGAAAGCUGUGGUGUAUGAGGAAUAUAGUGGGAUGACAACAGCACAGUUAAUUUCCCGUGGUGGUGGGCUAAAGAGGCAGAAUUUCCCAAAACCAAGCAAGGUGAAAGAAGCAGAUUUAUUGAAAGCUCAAGUGCUCCCAGAAGAGUUUGAUUGGAGAAAUGUUGAUGGGAAAAACUAUGUCAGUCCUAUCAGAAAUCAAGGUAGUUGUGGCAGCUGUUAUGCUUUUGGUACUAUGGCCAUGUUUGAGGCUCGUGUACGUAUCAUGUUAAAUGGAAGUGCAACACCAGUGUUCUCUACUCAAGAUAUUGUAAGCUGCUCUGAAUAUUCUCAAGGUUGUGAAGGGGGUUUCCCAUAUCUCAUUAGCAAGUAUGCUAAAGACUUUGGUUUGGUGGAUGAAGAAUGUUUCCCUUAUGAAGGCAAAGAAGUGCAAUGUAAGGAAAAGAGGUGCUCAAGGCAGUUUGGGACUGGGUACCACUAUAUUGGUGGGUUUUAUGGAGGAUGUAAUGAGGAGCUAAUGAGGAUUGAAUUGGUGAAGAAUGGCCCCAUAGCUGUCUCUUUUGAGGUAUACGAUGACUUCAGGUAUUAUAAAGGAGGAAUAUACCAUCAUACAGGUCUGACGGACAAAUUUAACCCUUUUGAAAUAACUAACCACGUGGUGGCAAUCGUUGGAUAUGGAGCUGAUAAAGAGACAGGUGAAAAGUUCUGGAUUGUGAAAAACAGCUGGGGGGAGAGCUGGGGCGAGAGUGGCUUCUUCCGUAUCAGACGAGGAACCGACGAAUGUUCGAUUGAGAGCAUUGCUGUCUCAGCUCAGCCAAUACUAGAAUGAGGCGCACUUUUAAAGGGUACUCAGGACUAACCACGGUUAAUGAUCGCUAGUUGUUAUAAAUAAACAGAUGAAUUUCCCUAACUUGGAAAUAGAUCUGUGAUGAUUCCAACUGGAAAUGUUAAAAAAAAAUGUACAGGUAUAAUGCAAACAGCAGUGUUAGACUGAGGAAGAAUUUCUAAUAUGGAACCUGCCAGAGGCGUUUAAAAUUCUAAGUUAUGUCAGUGAUACGCUAGGAGACAUCAACUGAGUAAAAAUCAUAUUUUGUUAUGAAAAAAGUUAAUGGCUUUUUAAAGACUUUAUCAUUUACUUCAAAUACGCAUCCACAGAUCUUAUUCCAAAAUGGUAACAGUUUUAUUAUUCCUGUGUUUUAACCAGCACUCGUUUCCUUAGUCGAUGGAACCAUAGGGGACUUCGUGACAUUCUUUCGAUUAAUAUUUUUGUUCUUUUUUUCUCUUUUUUCAUGCCUAUUCUUGACAGUCAAAACAGCGCCUCUUAGAAGGUCAAUUUAUGGCGCUUUUUUGCUCAGCGCUCUCCAGAAAAAUUGAGUUAAAUUUUUCUUCUGUUUCUGAUGCAACAUAUAUUUCGUUUGAAACAGUUGCGAGGAGGAAUAGGGAACAAGGUAUGCUGUGCUUGGUGGUUAAGAAGCGAUACGCUGAGUACUCCUAUUGGAGUUCAAAAAUACCCAUAAUACCGUGUACACCGCGCUCUUAGCUAGAAGGUUAACUUAGAGAGAGCCAGGUACAUUAAAGUUCAUAUGAAAGA